AUGAUUACUACGAUUCAAUUGCUUAUUGGCUUGUUAAUGAUCUCCUUGAGCUCCGCUACCUUUGAUCCCUCUGUCAUCUGCUCUCUGGUGGUCAGUGGAACCAAGAUUAAUGAUCCGCGGGCAUGCAAUGCUUGGAUACAGUGCAUCGAUGGGCAGCCUGUGAGUGGAACCUGCGGCACUGGUCUCUUUUACGACCGGGAGAGCGAGGAGUGCUUGAGCUCUGACAGCGUCAAGUGCCUGUCCAGUGAUCCCUGUGCAGCAGUGUCCAAUGGUUUCACAGAAGAUCCGUACUCCUGCAAUGGCUAUUACUACUGUGUAAACGGACAGGGAAAUCUUGGGGUCUGCAACCAGGGAAUGAACUUCAAUCCGGGAACAGAGGAUUGCAUCAGGAAUUUCCCAUGCCCUAAGAAAAUGGAUCCUGAUAGCUACUGCAACAUUCUGCCCGAUGGCGUUUUCAUCAAGGACCCAACAAGUUGCAAUGGCUGGCAGAUGUGCUGGGACUCUCAGGUGAUAAAUGGCACCUGCCCGGGCACCUUCUACUUCAGUGCCUCGACAGCCCAGUGCGAUUAUCCAGAGGAUGUGGAAUGCGCCGUAACCCCAGCGCCGGAUAUUGCCGCAGAGGGAGUGUGUCCCGAAGCUGGAGUAUUUAUUUCCGAUAGCAAAACCUGCAAUGGUUACUAUUACUGCCGGGCAUUGGAGAACGGAGAGAUAGCCUUGGAGCAUGGGGUGUGCUCCAACGAAAGGUUCUUCCUGACCACCAAUGGUGGAGCAUGUGUGCCCCGCUCCAAGGUGAAAUGCGACUUCGAUCGAUGUGCCGGCCUGGGGAACAACACCAUUCAGCUGGCCAACGAGUCGGAUGAUGGAUGUCGUGGAUAUGCCAUCUGCCAGGAUGGCGUCACGAUAGGACAGGGCACCUGUCCGCAGGAUGAGUAUUUCGAUGAGCUGACACAACGCUGCACAACGCAGACGGUAUCUUUUACCGCCUGCGUGAUUUCGGAGGCGACGACCAUCGAGCAGCGGACGGCGGUGAGUGAUGAUGGCACCACCACCAGCUCGGUCUCGUGA